UCCCCCAGUUAUAACAGGAAACGGCCUAAGUUAUGAGUUGGGUCUGGUCUAGUUCGGUUAACAGACGUAAAUGGUGGAAACUUAAUUUAGUUUUACUCUUAGCCAUGCUGAUGAUGGUUCCCUCAACCCUAUCUUCUACACCUAAAGUGUCGGUUCCUGUGUAUGGUAGAACUCUUUCAACAUCUCCCGUUCUAAGAGAUUUCAUAGCUCGAAGUAGCCAUAUAACCCAUAGCUGCUCAAUUCAAAACUUGGAAGAUGACAGAGCCCAGAAUGGACAUAAAUUACAUUGUGAUAAGAAAUUAAGGCGGAGGCUUAUACUUCUCACUCCUUUUACAUUAGGCUUGUUUCCAACUUUACCUGCAUCUGGAAAGACAAAGAGUAAAAGUCCAUAUGAUGAACGACGCUUAUUAGAACAAAACAAGCGGAGACAGAGAGAAAAUAAUGCCCCGGAAGACUUCCCUAAUUUCAUUAGAGAAGGUUUUGAGGUUAACGUGGUAACAUCGGAUGAUUACAUCAAGUGCAAUUCGGGGCUAAUAUACAGGGAUUUUGAAGUUGGUAAAGGUGAUUGCCCAAAGGAUGGUCAACAGGUGAUCUUCCAUUAUGUUGGCUAUAAUGAAACAGGCCGUCGAAUCGACAGUACCUACUUGCAGGGUGCUCCUGCCAGAAUUCGCAUGGGCACUAAGGCAUUGGUUCCAGGUUUUGAGGAAGGGAUAAGAGAUAUGAAGGCUGGGGGUAAGAGAAGAAUAAUCAUUCCACCAGAACUUGGACCUCCAGUAGGACCUUCCACUUUCUUCAGCUCAAAACAAUUUGAAGUCUUUGACGUGGAAAUGGUCAGCAUUCAGGACUGCCAAAGAAGGACUAUUGGGUUUUACUCUGAUUUUGUAUGCACUUGAAUAACUAAAGCCACAUUUUGCUUAAUUUGAUAUUUUGGGAAAUUUUGUCCAAAAGAGUAUGAAGAAUUCAUAUUGGUAAUCCAAAAGUCGGUUCUCAUCUAGAAUCACAUUCGAUGGUGCAGCAAAAA